CAAUGCAUCUUUUGCUCUCCGGGAAUAUUUUGUUUCAUUUGACUUGAAUGUCUGUGCUUUCGAUAUUUUAACUCAAAAUUGCGUUAUUUUCUCUACGAUCGUUAAUGGUCGAGGCUUAAACUCAAAGACCAGUUCACUUCGCCUUUAUAGAACUAUCUCAUGCUAAAAGUACGAUAGUUUUUGGCGAGUUGACGAGCCGUCGUUUGAGCUUUGAUCAGAAGGAGAUCGCAGAGGGAGGUAGGACCAGUUUCUUCUCUUUGCUGUCGCAAUGUUCUUGAAGGCGUUUGAAGUCAUGCCGAGCUCCGAGCGAGUUUCGCAGGCUUUAGUUGGGAAGUUCGGUGUGUUUUGGCGUUAUAUGCCUGGCACUGUUGGAAUUGUUGUCGCUGGCAUUGUCACCAUGAUAUUAGGCAGCGCUCUUAGAGGCGAAUGGACCCUGCUAUUGGUAUUCGCCCUGAAACAGCUCGGUAUUAAAGUACCAUCCAGCAUCUCGGUACAAGAGGAGCCGAGUUUCCUGGAAUCUGUUGGGUUGAAGGAUGUCCAUUGGUUUAUACUCAUCAACAUUGCCAGCUCAACCGUCAUCUAUUUCAUCCUUGGAGGAUUGAUGCAGUGGUUAUACUACAUUCGUCAGAGGGCGGAGCCUGAAAAGUGGAAAUGCCAACCCAACAGGUUUCUGUCACGGGAGGAUGAACUUCAUGAGGUCAUUCUUGGCACUUCAAACAUGAUGCUGGGAGCGGGGAUCUUUGGCAUUCUCUCAUGCUACGUCUCUAAUGGAGGCCACACCACGGUCUACUACGACCCGGCAGAGUUUGGCUGGACAUACUUUAUCAUGUCCAUACCUUUGUUGUUCUUUUACCAAGAUGCGGCCGCGUACUACUACCACCGUAUGCUCCACUGGCCCUUUUUCUAUAAGAAUUUCCACAAAUGGCACCACCGAUACAAAGCCCCGACAGCCUUCAGUGCUACCGCUAUGCACCCUGUGGAGUUCCUGGUGUUCCAAUUCUUCAUCGUUAUUCCUGCCUUUGUUGUCCCUAUCAACGCUGGUGUAUUUGUCGGCAUCUUGCUCUACCUCUAUUACUAUGGGAUGAAAGACCACUCUGGGAUUAAUCGCCCUGCCCUGUGGCCAUGGCAACCUCCUACACUGUUCCAUGAUGACCAUCACAAAUAUUUUCAUGUAAAUUUUGGCUUCAACUCUCUGAUUUUCGACAAGUUCCACAACACUAUCCGCAAGACAGACCGGUAUUAUUCAGAGGAUGUUUUUGGUGGUAAAGGUCGAGACUUGAGCCAUGAAGAGAAAGAAAGACUAGCCAAAGAAAAGCGUGGGUACUAGGAAAAUGAGAUUUUGUUAGAAAUUCUACUGAAAAAUACUAUAAUUAUUUAAAUAAUCACAAACAUUUGCUAGGUCAUUUUAAGAAAUAAUCUGAAAAACUGCAGGCGUCGCCAGACUUGGCAUGGGUCUAAACUAUGUUCUGCAAAUUAUGAUUGCCAACACUUUUCCUUAAAUGUUUCGCAAAUGCACACUCAGACACCUUAACCUUGUCUCUCUUUGCAAGUUGCCACUCCCCUACAUAUGUCCUUGAACCAUGGAGUAAGUGGAGGGAUAUUAACCCCUUGUUCCAUGCCCUUCUGUAGCUAUGCCCUUGUUCCUUGCCCAAAUUCAAGCAGGUCUUCAAGAGGUUCAUAUUUUGCUGGUUAAAAAUAGAGAGCCGUAAAGGGUUGGAUCAUAAGAACUCAUUCAUUUCUUACUAUACAGUCAUCUCACUCGUUUGUAGCCGUGUCUACUAAGGAGAGCUGGCCACUUAUGUAAGUGUGGGAAUGCCGCAUUUGUUAUAGGAGAAUGGUUUUUUUAAGGUGUUUAUUACAUGAUUAACACCUUUUCCAUUGUUCUUGCAAGUCAUUUAUUUCACUAAAAUACCUAUGAAUAAUUUACAAUCUUAAAGAACGGGGGGGAGGGCUUGAUGUAUCAGCAGGGAAAAAAGUGGGGUUUAUUAAAACUCAUUAAAAUCAAUGAGGUUAAUAACUAGAAUACUAAUGAGGAGGAGUAGGUUAAAAGCUAGAUAUCAACCGUGAAUAUGAAGCGCCAUCAUAUUACACCUUGAGUAGAAAUGAGCAAAAACACCACUUUCUGGCCGCAGAUUUACAAUGUGAUAACAAGAACGAUUGAAUAUUAACAGUGCGUCGUUUUAAUUUUCAUGGAAGCAAAAUUUGCUUUUGUAACCCUCGAAAUUCAACAAUAAGUUCAACCAAAAUUAUAUGUGCAAUUUCUGAAAAUUAUUCCACCAGCAAGGUUAGGCUAUGGUGUGGCUAUUUGAGGCGUCUACUCACUCGUUCCGCUUGUUCAAUGUCCUCGACAGUUCUUGAAAAAAGAUAUUUGGCGUAAUAAAAAUAAGUCGCUUUUUUUUCGCUGUCAGUGAGCUCCAUUCUUGCAGCGUGCUCACACUGAAACUCGAGCUACGAAAAUUUUGCAAUUCAACUCAACCUUUGGGAAUUGAUUCCGUCCAUGGAGCAGCCCCGCUCUGUCUAAAUGUUAAUAUUGAUUGUGUACGGUAUUGAUCUAAUGCGCUUUUCAAAUUUGUGCAAUCAACCACCAACUCUCCUGGGUUUUCUUGCAGGUCAAUAAUAACCUGAACCUUGUUUGAUUUUUCCCAAAAAAGUAAACUUUUAUUGAGUUUUGUCUCUUUUCCACUUUUUAUCCUUAAAUUGUUAUUUACUAGGUAUAAAUCAUGUAAUAAGCCAGUUAAAUACCUCGGCUGCGCCCUCAGGCUGUUACACAGCAAACUGCCUCCGUCCUCGGUAUUUAACCCUUACUUGAUGAAAAGCCGUAUGAUUAUGAAAGGGUCCGUUUGUGGAGAGUUUUAUUGUGUUUAUUUAAUUUAAUUUGUUCUGUUUUAUUGUAUUUUAAAUAAAAAGCUAUCGAUUAUCUAUGAAGAUAUGUUGAUAUUAGACUUUGUCAUUAUUAUAGGAGGAGAAAAGUUUGAUUUUAUUAUGGUUUUAGUCUUGUUUUCUCAUGGUACAUCAAUGUUAAAUAUGAAUCUAAGUCAAUGUGUAAUAAAAAUUUUACGUCGUA